GGCCUCUUGCGAGGGCGCCGGAAAUGGCGCGCUAGGCCUUUCCCGUCCCCUCGCGGCCGGCGUCAGUUUGAGCGGCGCCGUCCGCUCGGAGGGAGUUCGCGACAAACGGCUUCCUCCUCCUCCCGGGGCCCCCUCGGCCGCCGACGCCUCUCUGCGGUCGAGGAAAGAUGGUGGGCCGGAACAGCGCCAUCGCCGCCGGCGUGUGCGGGGCCCUCUUCAUCGGCUACUGCAUUUACUUUGACCGCAAGAGACGGAGUGACCCCAACUUCAAGAACCGGCUGCGAGAACGAAGGAAGAAACAGAAGCUGGCCAAGGAGAGGGCUGGACUCUCCAAGUUGCCUGACCUUAAAGAUGCUGAGGCUGUUCAGAAAUUCUUCCUUGAAGAAAUACAGCUGGGGGAAGAGUUACUAGCUCAAGGUGAAUAUGAGAAGGGUGUGGACCACCUGACCAACGCCAUCGCCGUGUGUGGCCAGCCCCAGCAGCUGCUGCAGGUGUUACAGCAGACGCUCCCGCCACCCGUGUUCCAGAUGCUGCUGACUAAGCUGCCCACCAUUAGCCAGAGAAUUGUAAGUGCUCAGAGCUUGGCUGAGGAUGAUGUGGAAUGAGAAACAAAUGUCAACAUAAUCUCCAUUAAAAAUAUUUUUAAAGUCGUGACUUGGAGGAUGAACAGCUCUGAGGGGAAAGGGGCAAAUAUGCUCGCUGUGGACUGUCCUACACUGAAAGCUGCCAGAGUGAAUUUUCACUUUGUGCAGAUCCAUCUGUCUCCUAUUUAUUUUUCCCAGUGAAGAGUGUAUUUUGAUAGAGAGCUUUUCAUUUUAUAAAUACACUAUGAGUUACCGAAAUAUUAUGGAUUUUGUGUAUUCCUAAAACAUGUAAUUAAAAUGGACACAAUAUCAGAUUAAUGUGCACCCAAAAUAUCUAGUGCUCAGUUUUGAAAGGCAAAAAAAAAAAAAAAAAAAGUAGGGGAAGGCUGAAGAACGCAUGUUUUUUGAGCUAGAACAUUUGGCUGGAAAUGCGAUUGUGUCUCUCACAGCUGGGUAUUAAAAUCUUUGAGAUGA